AUGACAUCUCUUCCAAAUUCCCUAAUAAAAUUACAAGAACAGACUUUUCUAGGUAAUGAUGCUCUCGUCUCUAUCAAGUGCGCUCUUAUCUCGGCUUUCAAAUCAGGUCUCUCCAAAGACGCCCCAACGAUGAUUCCAUCGUUUGUUUCUAUCUUCCCUGAUGGUACCGAAAUUGGCGAAUAUCUUGCACUUGAUCUCGGUGGAACUAAUCUCAGAGUUGCUGUUGUUCGUCUACUGGGAAACGAUCGAUUUGAUUCAGAGACAAAGGAGAGUUUUGUUAUACCGGAUGAGAAGAAAAAGGGAGAUGCUUUAUUUGAUUGGAUUGCUGAAAUGGUGAAAGCAGUUCUGGAUAAGAAAGGUAUUGAUUAUAAAAAGCCUGUCAUCGUUGGAGCUACAUUCAGUUUUCCUGUUAAUCAAGUUGCUAUCAAUCGCGGAACCGUGGCAACUAUGGGUAAAGGAUUCGAUCUUGAUAGUGUUGAGGGUAUGGACAUUGUGGAACUGAUGGAAAACGGUUUCAAAAGAAAGAAUCUUAACAUGUGCAUCUCAGCUAUCGUCAACGAUGCGGUAUCAACUCUCAUAGCUCAAAUGUACAAAGAACCAACAACCACCAUUGCAUCAAUAAUAUUGGGCACUGGCACUAACUCUGCUUGCAUCGUUCCUAUCGCUGAAAUCAAAAGGCCAUCUUUUUCCUUUCCACAGUCUUCUGCGUCUGACAGAAUGGUCAUUAACAUGGAAUGGAGUCUCAUGGGAGCAGACUUUCUCUCUUUCACGGAAUAUGAUAAGCAACUGGACAAAGGCAUCAAACCUGGAUUCCAACCGUUCGAGAAAAUGGUCAGUGGAUAUUACUUGCAUGAACUAGUGAGAUUGGCUAUCGUUGAUUUUGUGAAGAAGAAGGAAUUAUUUGGAGGCGUUCUUCCUGGCGGGAUGGAAAGAAAAUAUAGCUUUACUAGUGAGCUCAUGAGCGACUUUGAGAGAUUCUCCAUAGACCGUCCUGACGAGCUGAUAUCAAAACUUUCCGAACGCUAUCAACUUCCCGAUGACAUAAAAUUGAGUGACCUUGAAGUAAUUCAAUCAAUAGUCAAAUGUUUCUCCAGGAGAUCAGCUCAGCUCGUUGCUGCUGGCAUUGCGGCUCUUGUUGAAUUCGCGCAUCCUGAAACCACAGAGACGGAUGUCACGAUUGGAAUCGAUGGAUCGGUAUAUUCUCAUUAUCAUGGUUAUUCUGAUAUGUUGACGAACGAGAUGGAGAAUUUAGUGGGGACCAGAGUUAGAAUUUCAGAAGUUAAGGAUGGCGGAUGUGUAGGAGCUACUAUUGUUGCUAUGCUAUAUGCUAAAAAGUCAAAGUAA